UUUCGAGACUGCCUACCUUCCUCGUUACUGUCUUUUGCAUAGCGUGAGUGAAAUAGACGGAGUUACAUCGGCAUCCCUUCUUCAACGUUCGGAUUCUUUCCCUAGUUCGCCACAAGGCUGCAAGCCGCACGUCAGCUCGUUCAGCCUUGGCCACAGUCAGUUUCCAUUCCUAUGCAUAUUCACCCAACCCUCGACUCUAUAUAAUACCUCUCUCUUUCUCUUCUUCCGUGGGACACGGUUGGACAUCCCCGCGCCUAAUAUGGCCGCUGUCGACUUCGCGCGACUGCGCAACCAGACUCUAGCCGAAGGCCUAGACAGCGAGGUCACGGUCAAUACCAGGGCCUUGAUAGAUAAGGUGCUGGCUCGAUACUCAAGCGAACAUACGACAUUAAGAGAGCUCAUUCAGAAUGCCUCGGACGCCGGGGCGAAUGCUGUCGUUAUCAAAUAUGAGACGGAUCCGUCUCUCGACACACCAUCGCCACUCGGUUCGGACAAGUCGAUCCUUCUCAAGCAUAUCAUCCAGCAUCAUACUCUAAAGCGACUAGUGGUAACAAACAAUGGGCAGCCAUUCACAGCCGCCGACUGGAGCCGCCUAAAGAGCAUCGCUGACGGGAAUCCCGACGAGACGAAGAUCGGAGCAUUCGGUGUGGGGUUUUAUAGCGUGUUCGCUGACUGCGAUGAGCCUUUCGUUGUUUCUGGUGAUAGGACCAUGGCUUUCUACUGGAAAGGCAAUACGCUAUCAACGAAGGUCGCAGGCGUACCACCGGAGCAUCGCAGCUCGAAUACUACUUUCUCACUCGAUUACCGACAAGCUAACCCGGCGUCUCCAUCGUACAAUCCAUCGAAGAUACCGAGUCUUUCAACCCUUUGUCAAUUCCUCGCCACCAGUCUCACCUUCGUUGGGCUUCAAUCGAUCGAGCUCCACCUUGAUGAUUUCAAGGUUGCUUCCUUCAACAAGAAGACAUCCCCAGCAAUGGAUAUCCGAGUUCCGCAAGGCCUGAAAACAGACACCGAAGGAGGACUUAUGCGUGUAGCACAAGUUACCCGUCAGCACUCCCAAAUAGAUGCGGAAUGGUGCAACGUCAUCGCUACUGCCCAGAACCCCCCGAAACGAGCUGCGGAGCUAGUACAGGCUGAAGUCAGAAAUGCAGGGACGACGCUGAAGAGUUUCUUCUCCAAAUUCUCCUCUUCUACACAGACGCCGGUGAAGGCACCCAAGCCUGUCCCUAUCCCUGAAAAGAGCAUUUCAAGCACAGAUGACAUCUCUGGCGAUUCCAAAGGGGUCAUUUUCUUACAGGCCUGCACAGUCGAGGUCGACACCCGCGUGUCGCGAAGCUUUGCAGCCGAAAUCGAGCGCGCGACGAAGAAGGCUCCACCUCGCAAGACCCGAAUCGCACUCCUGACGUCUCCCUUUCAUGACCCAUCCACGUCCCUGUCUACAGGCUCUGGAAAUACCGCGGAGCUGGCUUCGAAGAUUUUUUCCGAGGUCCUGCCCACAAAAGCCGGUAGGAUUUUCAUCGGAUUCCCUACUGCGCAGACUACUGGGUUUCUCGCUCACGUCUCUGCGCCCUCGCUCAUCCCGACCGUAGAGCGCGAGAAUGUAGAUAUGAACGCUCGAUUUAUAUCCACGUGGAACAUCGAACUUCUUCGGGUUGCGGGCUUGGCGUGUCGUAUAUCCUACGUUUCCGAUAUGGCUGAAAUUCAGGCUAGAGUUGGCAAGGACUCCAUGGAGAACUUGAUACAGAGAGCCGCCUAUAUUUUCCAGCAAUACACUGCAAAUGCGUCGCAUCCUUCGACUUUGCUAGGAGAGAAGAUUGAAGAAGCCUUCUGGAAUUGCUCGAAAGAGCGCUCUAUUGACAUCCUAUCAUCGAAGGGCGUCAUGGCCAGCAAAUACGUACGAAUGCCGGCUGAGACGCUUAGCUUCCUUGGAGAGGUGGCAAUGGUCCCGCAGGAGCUCGCGACUAAGGCCGUCACGUUCAUGCUCAAUCUGCACAACCGAGGCUUCAUUUCCGAGCUGACGAUGGCCGAUAUUCGUCAUGGCCUCGAGACGCGGGCCCUAAGCGAAGAUGAGCUCUCGGAGUUUCUGAAGUGGUGUGGGGCCAAGUUGGAAGGCAAUGAGAUUGACGCCCCCGGCGUUCGCAGUCUUUUCGAAAUUACCGUUGCGAACAUCGACAUAAAGGCAGAGGAGAGCUCUGGAAGGAUUCUCGCACUCGGCGACAUUGGAACCUAUAUCAACGCAUCGAGAAUAACCCCAACGCUGCCGGUGCCUCCGGACACGAUUCCGUUCCGAUUCUCGAAACCGAUUCCCCCAAAGCAACUCCAGAUGUUCGGCUGGGUAGAGCUCUCCAUGGUGCGAUGGCUGAGGUUCAUGACGACAGUGCCUCAACUCCAAGAAUUUACGAGUUCAGAAAAACUCGGGUCUCAAGUACUUAGCUUAACAGCAAAAUGUUGGGAUCAGCUUGACGGCGUUUCAAAAGAAGCAGUCGUGAACAUUCUAACGCCCCACCCUAUAAUGCCAACGAAGGCAGGAAUGCGCCGGCCUGAAGAGUCGUACUUUCCCACCGUCAAGCUCUUCGAAGAUUUACCCACCGUCAAGCAAUUUCCGGGGUCGAAGGAGAAGUUUUUGACUGCACUUGGCGUUCGCAAAACAGUCGAUCUUCCUAUGGUAUUCGACCGCAUGAGGAUUCAGGACCAAAAUUCGAACUUAGAGAAGAAGGCUCCGUGGAAUCAUGUCGACCUCAUCAGGUACUUCGCUUCUGUCAUGGAUGAGAUGCCCAAGAAAGAUCUCGAUCGUCUGCGGCAGACGCCCUUUCUACCAGGAGAAGGCGCAGCCGUGAGACAUAGUCAGUUGUCCAAAGCUUCAGAUCUGUACGCUCCGGAUCAGGCUAUACUCUCUAUGGGCCUCACCCAGGUCAAGCUUCCAUUUGAGUUUAAACCAAAUGUUCGCGAAGGGGCGUUACUCUUACGUCUGGGCUUGAGACAAUGGCCGGAUUCCAUUACGCUCGCGAACAUUCUUCAUCGUGCAGGGCAGUCGAAUGACAGGCAACUUUACACUCUGGUAAUGGAGUACUUCCUGCAGAACUACUACAAGAACGGUUAUGGAGCCGAAUCGAAGCAGAUCUCCGGUCUCACAACUCCCAUUUUACCUACGGAACAAGCGCCAUUCCCCGCGCUUGUAGGGCCCUUUCAAUGCUACACCAACGAACUGGCUGCGUGCCUUGGCUAUGCGAUUUUGAGAACAGAUCUGCGUCCGCACGCAGAUAAGUUUGGGGUUCAGCGAGACCCGGACAUCAAGGACUCCAUACAACGACUACUCAAGUCACCACCAAAAUCUAAAUUAGAUGCUGAAAUGCAGUUCAGCUAUUUGGCUAGCCGUUCUGCUGAGCUAGAUCAACAUCGGGCCUUGCUGAGCAGCAUCUCCGCGGCGAACAUUGUCCCGAUAUUCCGGAAGUAUUAUAUCGACGCUGGCUCCAGCGGAUUCGAAGACCGUACGAGACAUCAAGCCGGCAGAACUGAGAUGCGCGUUCAUCACUAUGACCCGCCUGAGACGGUCUUCGUUGGCCGAGACCAGGAGUGGCGAGGCAUCCUGGACUACGUUCAAUAUGGCGCAGAAGCCACUGCAUUCCUGCUUAAGGUGGGUGCGAAACACGAACCCAGCAGCCAUGAUUUAGCCACGCUUUUGUGCAAGAAUCCCGCCCGAUUUCUCAACACCAUUGGACAAGAGCGAUAUCUUGAGCUCCUCCGCAAACUGGCCGAACAUGCUGGCAAUCUAUGGAAGGACAAAGAGCUGGCCAAAUCAUUUGUGGCUUCGAGGGUUCUCCUUGGUUACAGGGACGUCAAGGAAGAGCUCAAGAAGCUUGUACCAGUAGAGGAGGAUUCUUUGGAUGAUUUUGAAGAGCCAGGAGUACAUCGCGAGUGGUCAUUGAGUCGGCCGAACGAAGUAGUCAUCAUCGACGACGUCAGCCACUUGCUGAAGUUCCGGGACUAUAUCAUCUCAGCACCGCAAGAAGAGCCACUUGAGGAAUUCUACGCGCGCUUUGGCGUGAAAAAAAUUUCUGAGCUCGUCAAAAAGGAUCAGCGCAUUGGCACGGUAACACGCGAUCAGACCCCAGCCCAGCAGCUGCGAAAGGACAUCCUAGAACGUACGCGCAUUUUUCUCCAUGAGUACGAACGCGACGCUUCAUCAAAAAGUAUACGACACGAUACGAAGUGGCUCAGCUCAAAUUUGUCAGUACAAUGUGUUUCUGACAUAUCGAUCCGCUAUUCACUCGCCGAUCGUGGCGUAGCUACCUCUUCGAAACGGACAGCGGCCGUGACGCGUGUCCGUGGCACAGGCACAGUCCUGUACAUUGCGCCGCGGUACGAUGUUUAUGAAGUCAGCAGCGAGCUCGUUCGCCUUUUGAUUCAGCGGCCAAAGCAAAACGACGCAAUUGCACUGGAACGAAUCCUAACGGAGUCUCUCCGCCGGCUACAGGAAAAAGGCAUCAAUGUCGAGCGUAUCCUUCGCAAAAGAGAGUACGAGGCCCGAGUCGCCAAGCAGCAGGAGCUGGAGCAGGAAUACGAAGAGCAACAGCGAGCUGCCGAGCAGGCGAAAUCGGCUACUGUUCAUGCAGAAGAGAAGGUGAACACGCCCACAACGCCCGAAAAGCCGCACAACAUGCCGGGGUCUUUCGGGAGUCCGGAGGAUGUGGAGAUUGCUGACAGCGGCCUUCGCUCUACCGACAAAGGUGUCUUCAAUAACUUGGCUAAGAAAUUGGGCUUUAAGAACACCCCUCCUCCACCCCGGACCGAUGGUCCAUCUAUUGAUCGCGACAUCCAGGCCACGAAAUCCAAUAUCCAGAACGCUAUCAAAGAGUGUCGGCCUACGAACAUGCAGGCUAUCUCGAGCAGGCACCAUCAAGAUCCAACGGAACUCGACAAAGGCGGAUACUGCAACGGCGAGCAAUGGGAGAAUCUCCACAAAGCCUUCAGCAUGCCGUACUCUGGCCGGCACGUCGAUAUCUACUUCGGCAAGGACCAAAUCGAAACGCCCAAAGACAUCCAAGCCGAUCUAGCAUAUUUCCUGCCGCUCAUCUUCGGCUUGACGUCCACCUUCGGUGUCAACCCUUCUGCCGUUAACAUCUUCUUGGACAAGAAGUCCAACACAGUAGCCUUCAAUAUGAGCGGGAGCUUGUUUUUCAACCUGGCCUGGUUCGUGGCGUUGCAUUCCACCGAGUACGGGACGAGAGAAGGUAGGCUCAAGGCAUUGGACAGCUGGUUCUUCACCUACUGCCACGAGCUUGCGCAUAAUCUUGUCGGGGAUCACAAUGCUAGGCAUAGUUGGUAUCAGCAGCAGAUCGCUACAGAGUACUCUCAGCAAUAUCGGAAUGCCCUUGGUGGCUUCGUUCAGGGGUUGUAAGAGGAGGAUUGUCAUGGCUGAGAGACCUGGCUUUGGCCUUGCGAUGCUAUUAGCGGUUCUUGUUCCGUCUGUUCAGGGCACCGGCUAGCUUCAUAUUUCGCUCUUCGCUUUAUAGAUAGGCUUUGCAUAGAUACAUUUAAGAAAUGGGAGAAGUGGGC